AUGAGCGCAACCAACCUGCAAGCGCUUCUGCGCUUCCUGUCUCAAGAUGCCAAAGUGCCUCUUGCCACAGCGAUGGCCAAGAUCAAAGGGCUUCAAACAGCCAACCUGGACUCAACAGACAAGCUAGCCAAGGCCAAGCCAGCAGACCUCAGACCACUGUUCGAAGAUGAGAAGGUCACAAAGCAGAUCAUCGCCGCUGCCAAGCGCGUUACGAAGAAACGAGCAGCCGGAGACGACACCGUAGCUCCUCCAAAGAAGAAGCAACGCAAUGAAAGUCUGUUCUCGAAUGAGCCUGUAGCACCUGCGGAUCUGGAGAAGUCGCUGGAAUUGCCGUACAGUACACUUAGCGAGCUGGAGCUUUCGCAAACUGCCUUGUUCACCAACCGUGCUCCGCUCGUGCUGGCGUUCCUGGUUGUCUUGCUGAAGCGCACUAUGCCGGAGCAGCCGUUGUCGAGCAGACUCAGCUUGGCGCAAGCUUAUGUCAGCGUCACUAGUAGAUCACGAGCUGUGUAUUUGGGUAUUGAGACCGGCAAGUGUGCAGAGGAGGAAGGCUUCGGAGAAGGUCAGCCGGUCGUCAAUGUCGGUGGCAAGGAGAUCAAGGUGAUCAGGCGAUGGGGCUAUGAGUGGAAGCAGGACGAUAAAUCGGCGAGGUUGAAAGCUGAGGCGGAGGUGAAAAGUGAAGAUGCUCCAGACGAUGCAGAGCCCACCACGACCGCCGAAGAUGUGGAAGAAGAGAAGCCCGCUCUCUGGGCUCUCGACCUCGAAAGUCUGAAGAAGUCGAACAGUGACAAGCAACCAGCGACUACUUCCAAGAUCGGCAACCAUAGCGACUUGCCGGUGUACACGCCACAAUCAGCUCGAGCCUAUAUCAUGAAGGCAUUCGAUACUGCUCCAGCAGAUGGCGAAGCACCGAAGAAAUCUUCAGCCGGUGCGAAGGCUGCCGAGAAGGAGCAGAAUUCAGGGAAGCUUCUACGAGCUUUGGACCUGCUGUACGACGCAUGGGCAGACAAAUUAAGUGCCGAAGAGCUCGAUCAACGGACGUGGUCCUGGUAUGUCAAGGUUCGGCCAUCAGUCGACGAUGGCGUCGCUGGCUGGGGCGGCAAGAAUAUGCUCAAGCUUGCCGACAUACUUGCUCUGAGGCCUGAGGCUUGA